CAAAAGAAAGUGCUUCUCUCUCGCUUGUGUUUCCCUGCUUCAUAGGCUUCUCGGCAAACACACAAACAAUAUACAAAAAACUUCAACCAAAUCGAAUCAUUUCAUUUUGAUUUAGGGUUUCAUUUUUCCGUCAUGUAUAGAGCAACAGCUUCAUCACUCAAGAGACAUCUCAAGGGCCGUGGUGGCAACUUGGGAGCUACUAGGUUAGCUACUUCAAGUGCUGUAGCUGCAAAGGUUUCAUCUGGUGGUUUGUUUAGCUGGCUUACCGGAGAGCGUUCGAGUUCCCUUCCCCCUCUUGAUACACCACUUGGUUCUGUUGUUCUUCCAGAUCCUUUGCCAGAUUAUGUUGAACCAAGUAAGACCAAGAUCACAACUCUUCCUAAUGGACUCAAAAUAGCAUCCGAGACCUCGCAGAACCCUGCAGCCUCAAUUGGGUUGUAUCUCGAUUGUGGUUCCAUCUAUGAGACACCAUUGUCAAGUGGGGCAUCACACUUGUUAGAAAGAAUGGCUUUCAAGAGCACGGUUAACCGUAGUCACUUUCGUAUUGUAAGGGAAGUAGAAGCAAUUGGUGGUAACAUAGGAGCUUCGGCCUCUCGGGAACAAAUGGGUUACACAUUUGAUGCUCUAAAGACCUAUGUUCCACAAAUGGUUGAAUUACUGGUUGACUGUGUAAGGAACCCAGCCUUCUUGGACUGGGAGGUCAAUGAAGAGCUUCGAAAGGUGAAAGCAGAGCUCGGAGAACUCUCAAACAAUCCCCAGGGCUUGCUUUUGGAAGCAAUUCACUCUGCUGGUUAUUCUGGUGCAUUGGCUUAUCCUCUUUUGGCUCCUGAAGCAGCCCUGAACAGAUUGGAUGGCCCCAGUUUAGAGGAAUUUGUUGCUGAAAAUUACACAGCUCCUAGAAUGGUUCUUGCUGCAUCUGGGGUAGAACACGAAGAGCUUCUAUCUGUUGCUGAGCCACUUCUCGCUGACCUUCCAAGUGUUCCCCGUCCCGAUGAACCAAAAUCUACCUACAUUGGAGGUGAUUUCCGUCGUCAUGGUGAAUCCGGGGCUGCACAUGUUGCUAUUGCUUUUGAAGUGCCUGGUGGCUGGCAAAAGGAGAGAGAUGCUAUAGUUUUGACUGUUCUACAGAUGCUUAUGGGAGGAGGUGGGUCAUUCUCAGCUGGGGGCCCUGGUAAAGGGAUGCACUCAAGGCUAUAUCUUCGCGUGUUGAAUGAAUACCAGCAGAUUCAAUCUUUUUCUGCAUUCAACAGUAUCUUCAAUAAUACAGGAUUAUUCGGGAUUUACGCAAGCACUAGCCCUGAUUUUGUGCAAAAAGCCGUAGAUAUAGCAGCCAAAGAACUAAUAGCGAUUGCUUCCCCUGGUCAAGUUUCACAAGUACAACUUGACCGUGCGAAGAAAUCCACAAAGUCUGCAGUUCUUAUGAAUCUGGAAUCUAGAAUGAUUGCCUCAGAAGACAUAGGAAGGCAGAUUUUGACUUACGGAGAAAGGAAGCCUGUGGAGCAGUUCCUGAAGGCUGUAGAUGAAAUCACUUUGAAUGACAUCACAAAAAUAUCUCAAAAGAUUAUUUCCUCACCUUUGACUAUGGCAUCAUAUGGAGAUGUUAUCAAUGUUCCGAGUUAUGAAUCUGUGAACCGCAUGUUCCAUGCCAAAUGAACAAUAUGACAAUGUUUUCUGGAUCAUAUACAUGCACACUUCCAAUUUUCAAAAGCAAUGGUGCAAAUAAAUACAGAGAUAUUUUUGUACUGAUCUUUGGAACCAUUUUUGAGGUUCCAAGUUUGUAUUAGAUGAAUUGUAUCAUCUCAUGCUGGAUUAAGCCAAUUUUUGUUUGUUAAUGAGUUAAUUUUCUCUCUUUUAUUUGCUUAAAGAGAGCACAAAAGUGGUUUUAACUUUUAUAUUUAAUCUUUUUUUGGCAAUCUCUCUUUUACUAAUCAAGUAGCAAGUGUAAAAGUACAGAAUGCAAUUCAAGAAUUACAUUCACUUCGAGUAUUGUGUUUUUGUUCA